AUGCCGGGUUUUGUUAAUUCAAUGUCAAACAAUGUUAUCAGUCGGCUUGGCAUUGUCCAUUUAGCAUCUCAAGGUUUACAGGCAGUGUUAGAUGCAUUGUCACCCAAGGUACUGAAUUUCGUUUUACAAAACGAUGACAACUGCACUCUCGAUGUUGCUGAUGCAGAGAUAUGUGAAUCAGAACAAUAUCAUCUACUGAGAAUUGUUGGAGCUCACAUGGAUGAGUUUAAAAAUAGUCCCUUAACAAUUUAUUUUAAUAGUGAUGAACAUUCAUUUGAGAAAACUAUUUGGUCUUUUGGAGAUUCAAGCACAUAUGUGGGAAACAUUGUGACAUUCUGUGCUUCAGCUCAUGCUGGACAUGUAAAUAUAACAGCUUUAACAAAUAUUUUAUCAACAUUAUUGAAAACGCAGAUUAGUGAAGAACAGUUAUCGAUAAACAAAAGUGAAACAGUUAUAAUUUAUUCGGAAAAAGCCAAAGAAUGUGGUGUUCUUAAAUUAAACUUUACUGGUGAUCAAAUCAAAAUAAAAGGUUGUUGUGAUGAAGGUGCAAAUACAAGAGUACAUGUUAAAAAAGAUAUGAUUAUAUUUAAAGAUAGUAAAGAAUUAUUGCUUACUUUACGAACAUUUGCCAGAGAAAAUCGUCAAUAA